GGAAGUGUGGAUGUGCUGUGCGGUCCACCGUGUCUCCGUGGCGCAGGACAGGACGGUCGCCACGCCUUCAGGGACGCACUUUUUCACGGCGUCAGCCCCCCGUCAGUGUCCGCUGCUCACCGGCUGUUCACCUGCCCAGAGCCAGGACAUUUAACAAGCUACUAUCAACAAGACAAUUUCCCCUACUUACAACAAUCACCUCUGGAGUCCUGCUCUACUUCUCUUACUGAUGCCAGUUGAACAGGCUGUUUUGUAAACACAUAUUCAUUUUUUGGGAAUAUCUGGAGCGGCAGUUUCAUUGAUUUGACUUCGGAUACAACUCGGAUCAAAGAUGGGGAUCAAAGUGUAGUGCUGACAGGAAUGCCCCAGACUGUGUGCUCAGGCACCAUGUUCACCACUCCCAGUGGCUUCAGCCCCCAUCUGGCCUGUGCUGAGCCUGAGGAGGAGGAGGAGGCCCCACAGGAGGGCCCGGAGCCCGGUGCUUGCCUGGCCGAUGGGCCCCCGAUCACCUCUGCCUCCCUGGACACCCUGAUCCAUAACCUGGUUCCCACUGCCGAUUAUUACCCCGAGAAAGCCUAUGUGUUUACCUUCUUGCUGAGCGCUCGUCUGUUCAUCCCUCCUCCGGAGCUGCUGUCCAGGGUGUGUGAGCUGUGCAUCAAACAGCAGCAGCUGGAUCAGAGCCCACUCGAUACGGCAAAAGUGCGUAAGUUUGGUCCCAAGAUCCUACAGCUGCUGACAGAGUGGACGGAGACUUUCCCGACUGACUUCAGGGACGAGAAGAUGGUGGGACACCUUAAAGACAUCGUCCACAGGAUAGCUCCGUGUGAUGAGGCAUACUGGAAAACCCUGAACCAGGUGCUGCAGAAGCUCAGCCAGCGACUGGCCCUGAUGAGCCAGGGGGAAGAGAGCAUCGUCAAGGUCUCCCUCAACGCCUCCUCCAUCUCUGACAAGCUGGUGGCCUUCAAAACCAAGCCUCCGCCCAUCCAGAAGGACAUGCUUUCCAUCUGCAACGACCCGUACACACUGGCACAGCAGCUUACCCACGUGGAGCUGGAACAUUUGAGUCAUAUUGGACCCGAGGAGUUUGUCCAAGCCUUUGUUCAGAAAGACCCACUAGAUGUAACCCAGCAGCCAUGCUUCGGUGACCAGAAGAAGAAAACCUCCAACCUGGAGGCUUAUGUCAGGUGGUUCAACAGGCUGUGUUACCUGGUGGCUACUGAGAUCUGCAUGCCUGCAAAGAAGAAGCAGAGGGCCCAGGUGAUAGAGUUCUUCAUCGAUGUUGCCAGGGAGUGUUUCAACAUCGGAAACUUCAACUCCCUCAUGGCCAUCAUCUCCGGUAUGAACAUGAGUCCUGUGUCACGGCUGAAGAAGACUUGGGGCAAAGCCAAGACUGCCAAGUUCUUCAUUCUGGAGCAUCAGAUGGAUCCUACGGGAAACUUUUACAACUACAGGACAGCUCUGAGGGGGGCAGCCCAUCGCUCUCGGACUGCCAACAGCAACAGAGAAAGGAUUGUGAUUCCCUUCUUCAGUCUGCUGAUCAAGGACAUUUACUUCCUGAAUGAAGGAUGUGCCAAUCGGCUGCCCAAUGGCCACGUCAACUUUGAGAAAUUCGUGGAGUUGGCACGGCAAGUCAGGGAGUUCAUGACAUGGAAACAGGUGGAGUGUCCAUUUGAUGAGGAUCGGGCCAUCCUACACUACCUCCACACUGCUCCCAUCUUUAGCGAGGACGGACUCUACCUCGCAUCCUAUGAGAGCGAGAGUCCAGAGAACCAGGUCGAGAAGGACAGAUGGAAAGCACUCAGGUCUAACGUUCUGGGGAAGACAUGAGGCACUGACGGCAGCUGACCCUCCCACCAGCGAGGGAGCGUGUGUUCUCGUUGCACUAAAAUGAACUGUGAAGGAACCUAGCUGGUACUUAGGUGUUUUUGUAUGAAGAAAUGAUGAAAAUAAAAGAAACACGGUGAACAGGAUUCAUCAAGAAGAGUGUAAAAAAAAUUAACAAGAACAAAUCACAAAAAAGUGAAAAGUUAAGCUAUGGAAACUGGAGCAAAAUGCCUUUGUGGCACAUAAACUGUCAGUGAUGAGGUACAGUAUAUCGGAGAGGGACACAGCCUCUCCUGCCCCAUUCCCUCGAUGUGUGUUUACUCUGUGAAGACAUGUUUACUACUAUAGAGAGUAUAGUUACAGGGAAAACCACUUUAUAAAAUGAAAUUCCUACUGAUUGUUGUUUUUGAAUUUCUCUCUCUCUUUCUCUUCCCU